AAAGCAUAGAUAUUAUUGAUGGACAGCUGUAGAAAAUUAUGUACGGAUGCAAUUUACUGUAGUCUUAGAGCACCCUUAGCACCGCGUCAUUUAGUUGCCCCUGAACCCACGUGAGUCCUAUUUCGCCGGAGGCUGAUUCGAGGCCUCUCGUGUUUGCUACCUACGACCGUCGGUGUCAACCUUCUUCCUCGUGGAGACAGCAGCGGUCGACUGCUCUGCCGCCCUUUUACUGGAAGUGACUCUUUUUUUCCCGCUGAAAUCCAGGCAGAAUAAUACUGGUAUUCACUGGCCGACAUCAAGGCGACGAGGCGACAAGUAGUACGUUUUCAUGUCUCACGACUUUCCUCGUAUAACCCAUAUCCUUCAGCUUCAUUGCGAGCAUGGCUAGUAUCAGCUCUGUGGUGUCAGCCCCAGCUACCAGCAACCCAGUAUCGUCCAUUCGUAGGAAACCCCAAUUCACGUACCGGUCACCCCCACUCUCAGACCCUCGUUCAGUCAAACCCUCUAUUUUCACUAUUACUCCGAGGACAACACCAUCUGGAAAGCAUAAUGUCGUAGGACGGGAUGCGCUACCAGCGAGCACGACGUCUACCCCGGCGAGCAAGUCAAAGAAGCACCCCAUGGGCCCACCCCUUCCCCUUUAUCAUCCCUUGGGUCCUUUAGCACUUUCGCUGCCACCUCUAGACCCGACUAUUUUCGGUUUUCCGGCUGAUAUCACUGUGGAUGACGAUGAAGGACGCCAGGCACUGGGACGUGGAAAACGCCCAGUUGUCCAGGCUCAGGGUGCCGAAGAAGAGGACACCAAGUCAGCGACGUCUGGCACAGGAUCCGUAGCAGUUGCGCCUGCCGCAGCGCGUGAAGUCAAGGAAAAAGCCAGCAGUCCGCGGAAAAAACGCGGAGGUGGAAAACGGAAACGGAAAGAUGCCGACGACGCUGAUGCGACAUAUCCAGCUAAACGGACGCGUCAGUCGCGAGCCCAGCAGAUGGAAGAAGGUUCUCCGAUGGAAGUUGCAAACACACCUAUCUCAGAGGGUAUCUCAACUCCCGAACCAAGCUUGGCGCUUGAUGGUAACGAAGACAAGUCGAAACCGGGGCGCAGGACGACGCGAUCUCGCGGUCAGCCCGUGCGACGGGACUCUAAUGCAAGCGAAGCCACGUCAGUAUCUGUUGCAGCCUCGACGACUCUGAAAAGAGAAAAAGAUAGUAUCGGGGAGGACAAGAAAUCCGAUACAGAGGUGCCGGACCCGAAUGGUGAUACGGCUGCUUUGGAAGCAGAUGGCAAGCGCAGCGUUCGAAGCAGCAGUAAGGAGGAAGGAGAAAUCAGUGAAGACACAUAAGAUGUCCCCCGCGCGUAUUUGCCGAGUAUUUUUGCUGAACAUUCUUGCUUUUUUUUUUUCCAAGUAUCCUGUCCUGCUCCCACACAUUAUUCUGUACAC